AACUAGUCUGCCAUAUGUACUUCCGGCAAAAACUUCCGGCAAAAUGGCAGAAAAUCAAACAGAAGAAAAAAUGGAUAUUAAAUCCGAAGGAAACGGUGGACAAGGGGAUGCAGCUGAAAGUGAGGCUUCACAAGCCAAACAGCCUGAUACCGCAGAAACUAAACCACAGGUGAAAAAAGAAAAAGAGACAGAAUUAGAAAAAUAUUGGAAACCCGUGAAAGAGAAUCCAGGAGAUUUCACAGGCUGGACCUACCUUCUACAAUUUGUUGAACAGGAGAAUGAUAUUGAGUCUGCUCGGCAGGCUUAUGAUGCAUUCUUGGCUCGUUAUCCAUAUUGCUAUGGUUACUGGAAGAAGUAUGCAGAUUUAGAGAAACGGCAAGGGGAUCUGAAAAAAUCUGUUGAGAUUUUUGAGAAAGGAGCAAAGGCUGUACCAUUAAGUUCCGAGUUGUGGCUCCAUUAUAUAAAUUUUUACAUCAAAGAGUUUAUAAAUGAGGAUGAAACUAGAAAGCUAUAUGAAAGGGCCAUAACAGCAGCAGGAACUGACUUCCGCUCGGACAAGCUAUGGGACAAUUAUAUAAAUUGGGAAAAGGAACGAGAUCUGAGAAGAGUAACCACCCUAUAUGAUCGACUGUUCAGGAUACCGACACAGUUAUACAGUCAUCACUUUGAUAAUUUCAAAAAGCAUGUAUUAAACCAUCAUCCGCGAGAAAUUCUUAGCCUUGAUGAGUUCUUUAAAUUACGGACAGAGGUUGUUAAGGAAACAGAUGGCCCGUUAAUUCCUGAGGGAGAUGAUGCCCCUCCGCCUGGUGAUGAACCCCCUCCAGGAAUGGAGCCCAGUACAGACAAGGGCGAUGCUGAAGAGGCUAUGAAGGUACGAGAGAAGAUUCUAAACUUGCGGGAAGUUGCAUUUAAACAGAAUGAAGAGGAAGUAAGCAAAAGAUGGGCAUACGAAGAAGGGAUCAAGCGGCCAUAUUUCCACGUAAAACCUCUGGAAAGAUCUCAAUUGAAGAACUGGAGGGAAUAUUUAGAUUAUGAGAUUCAGAAUGGUACACAUGAGAGGGUUGUUGUCUUGUUUGAGAGAUGUAUGAUAGCUGCAGCAUUGUAUGAAGACUUCUGGCUUAAGUAUGCAAGAUACCUAGAAGAGCACUUCACAAACCUGAAAAAAGCUGGUAGUGAUGCAGAGGCUGGCUCAGUUAAAUUCCAUCCACUUGAUGAGGGUGGGUUAGAGGCAGUAAGAAAUGUUUACAAGAGAGCAUGCAAUGUUCAUUUACCAAAGAAACCCUACAUACACAUGGCAUGGGCAGCUUUUGAAGAAAGACAGGGGAAGCAUGGUGAUGCUUGGAGAAUUCUGACAAAUCUGGAGGAGACUUUACCUGGUAUGGUGAUGGUUGCUAUGAGACGAAUCAGUCUGGAACGUCGUAUUGGUGAUAGAGAUAAAACUGAGAUGCUCUUUCAAGAAUAUAUUACAAAAUCUACAGAUCUUAGUGUCAGAGCAUUUUAUGUAAUCAAAUAUGCACGAUAUCUUUUUAAGGUACUAGGAGAUGAAGUCAGGGCCAAGAAAAUAAUUUUUGAAGCACUCGAAAAAGAUCCUAAAAAUGAGAAACUUUACAUCCAGUUGUUAGAUAUAGAAUACCAGAAACAUCCAGUAGAUGUCAAUAGUGCUCUUGAUAUAUUCUCCAAGGCUUUAGAAAAUGAAGAGCUUUCAGUUCACACUAAAAUAAAAAUGUCUCAGAGACGACUGGAAUUUCUCGAAGACUUUGGAUCUAGUAUUGUACAGUUAAAAGAAUGUUAUGAUGAGCAUCAGAAACUGAUUAAAGAUAUGCAGUCAGAGAAGAAAAGAAAAAUCAGUGAUCCAGCCAUUGACACAGAGCCAGCUGAGAAGAAAGUCAAGACCAAUGGGGCAGCAGAGCAACCAGUUUCUGAUUACAGUGCAUACUGGUCACAGUAUCAGACUGCAGCUGGAUACUCUUACCCGGCUACCUGGAGUGGUUAUGCACAACAAUAUUACAAUUCAUGAACUAAACACAGUGCUUAUAAAGUUCAUAUUCGCCUCAUUGUUUAGCGAUUUGGUUGUUGUUUUGUACAUCAUGAAGGGUUCGAUUUCAAAAUGAUGGGUACCAGAUCAGUACAUUUGUACAGAGUACAUAUAAAAACAGAUGGAAUGAUGGUCCUGCUUAGACUUCUACAGAAAAUAAGGUGCUAAACUGUUCAGUUAUCAUGGGGAAAGUUUUUUAAAAAGUGCUACAUUAUAAAUGUUACAGAAGUUUUCCUGUUUUCAUAAUAAUGCUUAAAUAUAGGAUGUGGCAAGUUUCCUGUUUUUACAAAUUGUUGUGGAUAUUAUGGAUAUUACUUAUUAACAAAUUUAUAUUUGACAAUAAAUAGGUAGUUAGGGCAGCUUCAGCACCAUCUAAUGCAUAGGUUAGUUUUUUGUUGAUAGUUCAAUUCUUGCCUUGAUAUGUCUUAAGAAUACAUUCUUUAUAUAUAUUUGUGAGAGAAGGUUGAUAGGUGAAAGUAAUUUUUGGUAUUUUGAUUUUUUCAGACAUUGACCUAGUUCAUAUGCUACUGAUUACUGAUUAUCACUUUUGUUGUUUAUGUUAUUGAUAAAAUGGAAAUAAUGUGGAAAAUAAAAUGAAAUAAUAAACAAAAA